CUCUCUCUCUCUCUCGAAACCUACAAAAUACAAAUCCAUAGAGGAUACCCCCCCUUCUCUCUCUCUCUCUCUCUCUCUCUCUCUCUCUGUGUUGAAACCACAAACCGCGAAACCCCAAACCCGGAAACCCUAGGUUUCCAGAUUUGAGAUGCUCCGGCUAGGUUGAAGCUCCGGCCGCGAUCCCUCUCUCCGACCAGUUUUCCAGAUUUCCAGAUUUUUCAAUUUCCGACGGGUUCAAGUUUUCCGGCCAUUUUCCGGCGAAUUUCAGGUUAGGUGUUAGGUUUGCUAGGGAUUUGCUUAUACCAUUGUCCUGGUGAAGGCGGUGAAUCGGUCAAGCCAUCUUUGUAGGGCUACGAUUUUCAAUGCCAAAACGAAGAGCUAAGAGGACUGUUAAACAAUCCGCCUCAUCUCCCUUAGGCAACAUAGAUGGUGCUAGUCCAGAGGAUCCCAAAUUUGAAAAGAAAGAAGAUACAUUCAUAGACCAAGAUGUUGAUCGUGAAAGUGCUGCAAUCAGGGCCAUUCGUGAUGUGGAGAUUGACCAUUUGCUAACUGGGUUGCGUCUGCUUCGGUCAAAAUUCAGUAAGGAACAACGGCAGAUUCCUGUACUGCAAUUUUUCAGGGAAAACCUUCCGGAUCUUGAAGUUGUUAAAAAUGGAAAAGAUGGACAAUAUGAAGUGCAGUGGAAGGAUAAAGAUGGUACUAUGCCGAUGAACCAGGCUGAUGGAAUAGACAUACAUGCUUCUCUUUUACGUCAGAUGUCAGCGGCUUAUCCUGACUGCUCUACUGCAUUUCCAUCCUCUGGCGGCUUUGAAUUUUCAAGCCUGGCUGCCAGAGCGAGCCUUCUUGGUGCGGAUAAUCUCCAGACCAAGGAUUUCGUUUUGGAGGAGCCAUCUGAUACUCAAAUGUUUGGUCUGCACGACGGCCUCCAAACACCAGGGGUGACUAGUCAUAGGAUGUCUGUUGGAAUGACUCCUAAAACGUUAAGGCUUCCAAAGCACGGUGAGAUGCUUUUAUCUGUCCAUGGUUCACCCCUUGGUGUCUAUAAAGAAGACAACAUGGAAUGCAUUCGUGAGUCAGAAGAAGGAUGAACUGCUGCCAAUUCAAUGAAACCUGCGGAUUGAAGUUUCGGUAGCACUCCUAAUGCAAGGUUGCUUAAAUGUGCAAUAGUCACUUAUCGUUUGCCAUGUUAUCUAGUUAGGGUAGUUUAUUGGAGGGGAGGCCGAUGUAGUUUACCUUGUAUUUUUGUUCACCUUCCCCCACACGCCAAGAUUUAUUUGCAAUGCUGAUGAGAUGAUCUCCUCAUAGUUAAGAGCACUUUCAAUGGAGUGAUGAAAAGUAUGUGAAACUGUACAAAUGGACAGAAGUGAUACCUAGCUUUGUUGAUCGGAUUGAAACCUGCUGCUGAGAUUGCUACUUGAACAGGAGACAUCUUAUUAUCAAAAAACCUUCUACUUUUGUGCUUC